AUGGGCAGUGUGUACACGCGCGUGCAAAACCUGUCGUCGCUGCGCCCCGGGGACCACAUUUGCAUCUGGGACUACAGCCACUGGCCCUUCUCGUACCAGCACCACGGGAUCAUUUACGCCGCAGGCCCUGCGCUCGCCACUCUCCGCGUGUGCCACGUCUGGAGCCCUCUGCAGAGCUUCCGCGAAGCUCAGGCCGACUCGUGUUUCUGCCUCUCGACACUCGAAGAGUUCCUUCACCACCGCAGUCUUCAGGAUCUCCGACGCGUCGAGUACCACACGUCGGCAGUCCGCAACUUUUGCGCCAAGUGGGGCGAAGUCCACCGCGCAAAGUCGGACCUGCCGCAAGUCGUACUCGCCCGGUGCACGUUCCUCCUCGGACUCGGCAAAGGCGACUUUAACCUCUGGACGCAGAACUGCGAGCACGCAGCCCACUGGUGCAAGACGGGGCACCAGUGGUCCAAACAGCUUUUGACCCGCGCAGGCGGUCGCGUGCCGUUUGAAAAGCACCUGACGGCCGAAGCCGUUGAGGCGCUCGAGCACGAAAUCGCAGCGAUCAAAGCCGUUGCACGCACAGUGGUUGCCACAGUCCUGCAGCUCUCGGGUUCCCAAGUCUAUCUCCGAAGUGGAAAUGGUCAUCCCGAAUUCCACCGGUACGCCCGAAUUUCGGACGACGGGGGCCACGUUGCACUUGCAGUGGCGUCAAAGGACGUCGAACGCACUGCAUUUCGACUCGAGUGCGAUGCGAAAGCGUACAACUGCGUCAAAGUAUCGCUUCGCCACGACGCGUCGAAUCGGUACCUCUUUAGCCGCUCGACGUUCUCGUGUGUGCGGGACGUGCGCAUGAAACGCGCCCACUGUCUUCGGGGCACGUCGGGUAUGCGGUGGGAGUACGCCGUCAGCAGUGGCGGGUACCUCACGAGCAUGAACCAGCACCGGCGGUACAUUGGCGUGCGCGCGGAUGGGGUACUCGUUGACGUGGGCUGCCGCGAAAACGCACUGAGCUUUGAGUUUGUGCCGUGCCGUGCCGUAAGCGAUGCGAUAGCGACCCGCAACGAGUCAAACAAACUGCCAUUGCCGGACCCGACGCUCGUCGAACGGUGUUGCGACCACAAGAAGAACGUUGAGGAGAUGCGGUCGCAGAGCCGACUCGAGCUGGAAGACGAGCGACGUGGCCUUAUUGCGGUCAAUUCGUUGUUGUGA